GUAAUAAGAUGGUAAUAAGCAACAAAGCAAAAUAAACAUAAAUAUUUUUUUUAAUAUGAACUGAAGAAAUCACUGAAUUUGAAUACUGAUGUUGUGCGCAAUCAUUAGAUAUACAAACAAAUUUGUUCAUAAUCUGAAGAAUGGCUCAUAAAGCGUCACCCAAAAAGAAGUUAAAAUUCUUCAUCAAGUCAUCGCCGAAUGAUCAAAAACCAAAACGGGCCGCUAAAACUGAAAACUAUCAACAACAGACGGGUUAUACAAGACUUUACAACUGGAGACAACGAAGAAACAACAUCAAAAGGGAAAUAUUCCCUGAUACGGAACCCCAUCAACAUACUUCCACACAACUGCAGUACAGUAAUAAUCUUAAUGUAGACACUAGUUACUGUCGAGUGCCGUAUAGUGCCGCUUACAACGCAGUAGCAACCGUACCAGUUACUACCAUACCCUAUUAUGAUGCAUCAUACCACAACAGAUUCGUACAAGCCUACACUCCUGCGCAGAAGUGGCACUGGCCGCCAACUACAACCGUCCUCAGUCCUGUCAUAUCUGUGCCAGUGCCUCAAGUUACUUUCAUUAACUCCCCACUAGUGAUUCCUUCAGUGUACCCUAUGUUGACCACGCAGCAUGUUCUAGUACCUACCACCCCUGUCCUGUCACCCAUGAUGCCCCAAGGGUACAUGAACAUGUCCCCUAGUUUGUACCCUUCUCCACCCAAACACAAAAAUGAUGUUUAUUACACCCCCUUAGCUCAAAACUCAGUUGUAGACUAUUAUUCGGAAAACAUGGAUACGUCCAAUCAAUUCGAUCAAACCACUAGUUCGGACCAAAAUGUUUUGAACAACACAAUGGACACCAACGAUCCUUUAGCCAAAUACUUCGAAUUGCCUUCGGAUUUAUUUUACAAUCCAAUGAAAUACAAAGCGUACGAUCCAAAUUUUUUGAUUGAUGCGUUUUGCUCCCUCGAUUUGAGAGCUCAGGAUGUGACCUGGGUGUUGGAUCUAGAGGUGGGUCAUCCUAGGAGGUCCACUGCAAGAGAGUUGGCUAUUUACGAUUGUCAGUCUUGUAUGAUAACUUGUAAGAAUGCGCCGACGGUGAUGCACCCUGGGUUUUCCCGUUGCGGUUCGAAGCUGCAAGAUCUGUUGAUAUACUAUUACGACAGUGUGAUAUCCUCGUGGUACAUUGGGUUCAGUAACUACUACGGUGACGAUUCAGUGAGGAACUUUCAAGCCUGGCUGACUCCUGUCAUGGAUGUGUUCGGCUUGUGUUGGUGCUUGUAA